UCGGCGUCCUUUAUGGCUUCUGGCUCGGGAGAUGACGAGGAGGAGAAGACGAGGGGCGGUUCAUGGAGGCUCAUAGGCCCAGCCGCGGAGCUUACCAAGAAGCACUGCCGACUCAUGCACUCCUCUCUCGGCUACCACGCAGACGUGUGCCUUUUCUACGUCAAAGGGGAGUUUUUUGCCAUGGAUGCUCGCUGUGCACACUCCGGUGGCCCCCUCUGUGAUGGGGACAUAGAGGAGGCGGACGGGGCUCUGAAGGUGUUCUGCCCUUGGCAUGACUACGACUUUGAUCUCAGGACCGGCAGAUCUGGGACAUCCUUACAGCAACAAGUGUAUGAAGUGAAGCUUGAGGAUGGGAAUGUGUAUGUGAAGCACGCCAGUGAGCUCUCCUUGCAGCCUUUUCCUGCGGAUCAGAGGAGAUAAAUACCAGU